GAGGAGGCCAGAAGGUCUACUGGGUUCAACAGGAAAUAGUGGAGCGGCGGUCGCUCUCUCAAUCCGGGACAGGCGAGAGCGAUGAAGACGGUGACUAUGGAGGCUGGGCCGGGGUCGAUGUUGGUACCCCGUGCAGAACUGAAGCUGGUCCGACUGUUGAGCCGUUGUGAGGCGAUGGCGGCCGAUAAGCGAAAUCCGGACGACUGGCGGUUGGAGAAGUAUGUAGCUGCUCUGGAGGAGAUGUUACUCACAUUGAAGAAACACUCCAGCAAACCAGCUCCUGAAGUACUGAAUGAAUAUUCUCGUAAGGUGGAUUUCUUAAAGGGCUUGCUAGAAGCAGAGAAAUUGUCAUCAUCCUCUGAGAAGGCACUGGCAAAUCAGUUUCUGGCUCCGGGGAGGACUCCUACCACUGCCAGGGAGCGGACCCCAGCAACGAAAACCGUGCAUCUACAGACCAAGGCCCGCUUUAUGGGCGAGAUGAGGAAUGAGCUGCUUGGUACAGUAUGUCUUCUUGGCCAACACCAAUCACGUUUUGUAAAACAUCCACUUCCUGAUGAGAAGCAGUCAGCUGCCGAGCUGGAUGCAGUCCUGCAGCAUCAUCACAGCAUCCAGGAGAAGCUAGCGGAAGAGAUGUUGCAGCUGGCACGCAAUCUCAAGAGCAACACUCUUGUAGCACAGAAUGUGAUUAAGCAAGAUAACCAGACCUUGACCCAGUCGCUCAAGCUGGCUGACCAGAACUUUGAGAAGCUGAAGGCUGAGUCUGACCGCCUGGAGCAGCAUGCCAAGAAAUCUGUCAACUGGCUCCUUUGGCUAAUGUUGAUCAUUGUCUGCUUCAUUUUCAUCAGCAUGAUCCUGUUCAUUAGAAUCUUCCCAAAACUAAGAUGAUUUCUGGGCUGGUGUCAGCAGCAGCCUGGCACCUUAGCUUAUCUUGUCCUCUUCAUUUAAUCCACGAAACCUUGCCAUGCUUCUGUAACUUGGUGAAAAUGCUCAUCGAGAGAAAGUUCCAUUCCAACAGGUUCAUGGAAUCUAACCCAAACCACCUUCAUUUUGGGAAACAUUCUCCUCCUGCUUGAAAAACUGAAUAGGAAAGCUCCUUCUGCAUCCUUAUAGCAGUAUUAAGCAACCUAUGGGCCAUAUGCAACAGCCCAGGAAGUUCCUCUUUUUGUGGUCCAAACCCCCAAGAGACGGCCCAGUAUUUUAUUUGAAACAACAAAAACAAAAGGGAAAAGAACAAUAAAAGUGGUGCUUUGGGACUUAA